CGGGAGCGACUUCACUCUGCUCCGCCCCCAGCCGGGGCUCAGGCCAGGGCCCGGGCCCCCGGGAUAUGGCCUCCCGGAGUGCGCAGGGUGACGUCCCCACCUCCGGUCGCUGGGACGAUGGCGCGGAGACGGCAGGCUUUAACACCAAAAGGAAAAAGAAAUUGGCAGGAAUAUACCAGGCUUUGAACAGUGAUCCUAUUGAUGUGGCUGCCCUUAGACGCAUGGCUAUUAGUGAAGGAGGGCUCCUGACUGAUGAGAUCAGGCGAAAAGUGUGGCCCAAGCUCCUCAAUGUCGACACCAGUGACCCACCUCCUGUAUCAGGUAAUAACCUACGACAGAUGAGCAAGGACUACCAACAAGUGCUGCUAGAUGUCAGGCGGUCCUUACGGCGGUUUCCUCCUGGCAUGCCAAAAGAACAGAGAGAAGGGCUCCAGGAAGAACUGAUCGACAUCAUCCUCCUUGUCUUGGAGCGCAACCCUCAGCUGCACUACUACCAGGGCUACCAUGACAUUGUGGUCACAUUUCUGCUGGUGGUAGGAGAGAAGCUGGCAACGUCCCUGGUAGAGAAAUUAUCUACCCACCACCUCAGGGAUUUCAUGGAUCGAACAAUGGACAACACCAAACAUAUAUUAAACUAUCUGAUGCCCAUCAUUGACCAGGUGAAUCCAGAACUCCAUGACUUCAUGCAGAGUGCUGAGGUGGGGACCAUCUUUGCCCUCAGCUGGCUCAUCACCUGGUUUGGGCAUGUCCUGUCUGACUUCAGGCACGUGGUGCGGUUAUAUGACUUCUUCCUGGCCUGCCAUCCCCUGAUGCCCAUUUACUUUGCAGCUGUGAUCGUCUUGUAUCGAGAGCAGGAAGUCCUGGAUUGUGACUGCGACAUGGCCUCAGUUCACCACCUGUUGUCCCAGAUCCCUCAGGACCUGCCCUAUGAGACACUGAUUAGUAGAGCCGGAGACCUCUUUGUUCAGUUUCCCCCAUCUGAACUUGCUCGGGAAGCAGCUGCCCAACAGCAAGCCCAGAAAACGGCAGCCUCUACCUUCAAAGACUUUGAGCUGGCAUCAGCCCAGCAGAGGCCUGACAUGGUGCUGCGGCAGCGGUUUCAGGGACUUCUGCGGACUGAGGAUCGAACAAAAGACGUCCUAACCAAACCAAGGACCAACCGCUUUGUGAAGCUAGCGGUGAUGGGGCUGACAGUGGCACUUGGAGCAGCUGCUCUGGCUGUGGUGAAAAGUGCCCUGGAGUGGGCCCCUAAGUUUCAACUGCAACUGUUCCCCUAAAUGCCAGAGAACAUUCUUGCUCUGACAUUACUUUAAGGUCAUGCCCUUCCGUGGAAGGAUGGGGAAGGGUGGAAUGUCCUUUAUUAAAAGGGUUUCUGUCAAGGGUUUUCUAUUCCUACCACCCCUCUCUGCCUGUCCAUGGUUUGUUUGCCUUUGCCUCGGAGGCCAGUAGCAGAGCCUGUCUAAAACUGGGCACUUGGGACCUGGGCAUAGAACUCUCUCCCUCACGGUGGGCUUCUGAGUGUGUUUUCCACUACCUCCUCUUGUUUUGGGGGAAGUGGAUUUUUUUAGCUCCCAGCUGCCUUUGGAACCCACUGGGCCUGGUCACUGGGGGACUCUUUUCAGCUGCCGAGUAGUAAGCUAGACCACUGAAAACUUUCCUCACAGCUCCUUCUGUUCUGCCUGCUUGGGCCAGAAGAAGUCUGAUGGUGGGUGAAGACGAGGGGGCAGAGAAGGCUAGCCCAGGAACAAGAUUGGCCCUUCUUGAGAGCAGCUCUAUUAGCUGGUCAGAAAUCAAAGAGACAAGUGGGAACUAAGUUACUGGGUAGCUCCUACCGAUUUUCAGCCUAGAAAUCACAGGUAUUUCAGCCAAACAGGAAGGAAUGUUAAGUUUUAGGGCCCAGACAUAGACUGGUUUUGCCUGCCUUUUUUUCUUUAAAUCCUCACUUGAGGAUAUGUUCAUUGAUUCUAGGGAGAGAGGAAGGAAAGAGAGAGAAACAUUGAUGUGAGAGAAAUAU